AUGAGAUCUUCUCAGCAUUUGUUUGUUUCUUUUCUCUGGGUUUUGAUAGCAAGCAAUGGAACAUUUUUGUCAUGUAAAGGAGGGAUUACUAGCACGUUUAUCCGAAAAGAAGAAAAGAGCGCAGACAUGCCUCUUAAUAGUGAUGUCUUUGGUAUUCCUCCAGGCUAUAAUGCUCCUCAACAGGUUCAUAUAACACAAGGAGAUCAUAUUGGAAAAGCAGUAAUUGUAUCAUGGGUAACUGAAAUUGAACCUGGUUCAAGCACCGUGCUUUAUUGGAGUCAAAAAAGCAGCCGCAAACAAGAAGCCAAUGGAAAAGUUACUAGCUAUAAGUACUACAGCUACACAUCUGGUUAUAUCCAUCACUGCACCAUCCAUAAUUUAGAGUAUAAUACCAGAUACUACUACGCGAUCGGGUUUGGAAACACUACAAGGACCUUUUGGUUUAUGGUUCCUCCCAAGGUUGGACCCAAUGUCCCUUACACCUUUGGAAUCAUAGGGGACCUUGGUCAAACAUAUGAUUCAAAUCGCACUCUUACCAAUUAUGAAAUGAACCCCGUAAAAGGGCAAACUGUACUGUUCCUCGGGGACCUUUCAUAUGCCGAUGAAUAUCCUUUCCAUGACAAUGUAAGGUGGGAUACUUGGGGACGGUUCGUUGAAAGAAGCACUGCCUAUCAACCCUGGAUAUGGACUAGUGGAAAUCAUGAGCUUGAUUAUGAACCUAAGAUUGGUGAAACUAAGCCGUUCAAGCCCUAUCUAAAACGAUACCAUGUUCCUUUCAAAUCAUCAAAAAGCACAAAUCCCCUUUGGUACUCGAUCAAACGAGCUUCAGCCUAUAUAAUUGUGUUGUCCUCCUACUCUGCAUAUGGAAAAUCCACACCUCAAUACAAAUGGCUCCGGAAAGAAUUAAAAAAAGUCGAUAGGAGUGAAACACCAUGGUUGAUUAUUCUUAUGCAUUCCCCUUGGUACAAUAGCAACAAUGCACAUUAUAUGGAAGGAGAGACAAUGAGAGUUGUUUUUGAACAUUUUUUCGUGCAAUCUAAAGUUGAUAUUGUGUUUGCCGGUCAUGUUCAUGCUUAUGAGCGUUCGGAACGCGUAUCUAACAUUGCAUACAAUAUCAUAAAUGGGAAGUGCUCUCCGGUGGAAGACCAAUCUGCCCCAGUUUAUAUAACCAUUGGUGACGGAGGAAACAUUCAAGGAUUGGCAAGCAACUUUACCGAGCCACAACCAACAUAUUCAGCAUUCAGAGAAGCAAGUUUUGGGCAUGCUACGUUGGAAAUUAUGAACCAGACACAUGCUUUCUAUGCUUGGCACCGCAACGAAGAUGGAUAUUCAAAUCAAGCUGAUUCAUUAUGGCUCUAUAAUAGAUACUGGUAUCCCAUGAAUGACUCAACGACCAAACAUUAAACAAAAACAAUGCACAUUUCGUCUGUCCUGUCUUAGAAUAUGAACACUUCUUAUCCAUAACAGAGAAGUAGUAUCAUUUCAUGAAGUAAGUUUUCAUUGAUUCUUCUUUUAUCAGGAUGUAU